CGUUCCUAGCAACGCUCCUAGGUAACGACGUAGAGGAAGCGCGCUCAGCGUGGCGGACUGUCAUCAUCAAAAAUCAAAACAACAUGGAACCAGAACAGAUGGCGACGACUCCUUCUCAUCGACUAGGAGAUGAAGAAUUCCAGGAGAGUCAUCUGUCUCCUGCUCUGUCACUGAUGCCUCUAAUCUCAGGACUUGAGCACAGCGUCACUGAAUACUCUUUCUUCCAGCAAGGUGAUCCAGAAUUUGUCCCCCUAAGGGCUUUUCCUGAUGUUUCUAUGGUAUCAGAGAGGCUCCGUUUUCCUAUCCAUGAGAGCACCAUCCAUUCCUCUGAGCAGAGCUCACUUUCCCAGCAUCCUUUGGCUCAGACAACCCUCCUUUCUGAUGAAGGAGCAAGCAGCAACUCCUUCCUAUCUCAACAUGACACACAAAGAAAACUAUCAAGAGGAGAUUGCAAAGAGACUAAGUUGGAAACACUAUACGACUUGACAGACAGGAAUAACGUUGGAAUUCAUAAAGAUGAAAAUAUCUUUCUGAAUAAAGACAUUCCUAUGCAGGAUCCUCAAGCCGACCAGAGAGAGGUUGGCAUGCAAAGCAGCAGUAGUAGCUCUGUUUCCGCUGAAUCCCUGACCUCUAUGAAAAGAACUGGCUUUUGUCCAGAUCAGCCACGACACACAGAAGCUUGCAAAGACAACAUGUUUGAAAGACAAGGUCCACCAGGUGAAGCCAGUCCUUCCCAAGAGCAGAAAAGGCACAAAGAAAUCAGUAACAUCACUACUGGUUCCCGCUCGACUCAGCCCGAUGAUAGCAGCCAAGAGUUGCACAAAGAGAUGCUGUCUGAGGUACAGAAACUCAGCAACUUUGAGGCACACGAGCAAUAUUCCAUUCAAAUUUGUCCAUCAUUCCAACUUCCCAUGUCUUUAGCUGAUCACAUUCAUAAAGAAACGCAAAACAGAGACAGAGGCCUAUGGUCUUUACAGAACCAAACAGGAAGUGACGGUUCCUACCUUGGAUUCCUCCCACAGUCUCAAUCUACACCAGGCGUUUUCUUUGCGCCACUGAAAUUCGAUGUCAAGACUAAACUUGCACAUCUUUCAGCCAUAAAAGAUACCUUGUCCCCAUCAAUUACGGGUGCACACUCAGGUGAUGGCUGUCUCCCAGACACAGAAGAUCCUCUGGAGGCCUCUCACAAAGUCCAUUCCCUCCCUAGGCUCAACUAUCUGCAGAAAGUUGACGCCUGGAAGACAAAAGAAAGCUCAGAGAGGACCCCACCAUUAGAAGGCCUAGCAUUGCAGAGACUUUCGGGAGUUCCUCCUAAAAAAGGUGAGGAGGCAGGAUCCAACACCCUUAUCCAGCAGCCUUCCACCAACCAGGAUGCUUCACAGAUCUCUUCCUCUACACCUUCAGGAGGUUCUUCUCCUAGACGAGGAGAGGCUGUAGGCAGAGCUCCUGGUGACUUGGAGAAUAAAGGAUCUGCUAUGCCACCUUCUGCCUCUCCCUUCGGCAGAUCACAGUCCCCCUCGUCCCUUGGUACAGUUGUCAUGGUCGCUGACAAGCACCAGCUGACCAACACUGCUCCAGAAAAUAAGACGACUCAGAGCCUGAAGGACACUCUUCCUUCACCCAGUACCGCCACUCAACCCUCACGAUUCGAGAGCUUUGGUCACUUCAGUGACGUCUCCGAACUCUCAAGCUCCCAAGAUAGCUACAUGGAAAUUAAAGUAGGACCUUCUGCCGGAGCCUCUUCUGUCGUCAGCCUUGAGCUUGAUAAUUAUGCCCCCUACUGGCCUUGUAAACAUUCAGCAACCUCAUCACCUCCUCCAGGGUCUAAAGAGCUCAACAUUGACGAACGAAUUCCCUUGUAUCUUCAAAACCUUGGUAUCGACCAAACUCCGUCAAAAAUCCUGACUCCGUUUGCACCUAGAGGGCCCAUCAGAGAACCAGAGUUUUCUCCCUCUGAUCUCUGUACUAGUAAAGGAUCUUCUGGAUCUCCUUCAAAGAGCACCCAACCUUCAGAGAGUAGCAAUCCCCAUAAAGGUGAGUUCUCCAGGUCCAGCGUUCUGUCGGUGGAUUCCAGUUCAUCCGUCCCUCGCAGCAUGGACAGUCUUGGUCUGGUUUCCUCGCCCUCAGAGCAGCUCAGGGUGAAGACCUCUCCUCCGUCCAACACAGAAGCCGCUCGGGGGGAGAGCAAACCGGCCUCCUGCUCCGGGCCCGGUGAACGCUCCCCCUCCUCUGUCCUGAUCCAAAACAGCGAGCAGGAUUUCAAGUCCGUCGCUGUGACCGUCUCUGAUACAGAUACAAAGUCAUCUGUCUGGAGCAGCGAUAAUACGGAUCAAGAUGCGGAGAAUUCCUUUGUUAGCACAAAGGCAUUGUCAGAGAUCCACAUUUUCAGGCCACCCAACAGAACAACCAGCUGGCUGCAGAGCUCCUCGUUCUCUUCCUCUAUCUCCGCCUCCACUGGCGGAGACCUAAAGUCUCCUUCCUCUCCACCGUGGGCCAGGUCUUCCUCAGACUCCAUGCUUACAUCAGAGAAACCAAACCAAAGCUCCACUGGGCUAGAGAGUUUGACGUCAUCUGAGCAACCCGAUAGUCCAUCCACGCAAGCCCGCCGGACAGAGCCGGAAGGAUGCAGCGCGGCACCUCCAGAUAAAAUACAGACACAGCCGUCAACAGCCGCAAGUACAACUCAGUUCAGUGCGGUUCUUGAAGAAGACAAUGAAGAAGAAGAAAAGACUAUACCUAGUGAUCUCGGUGCAGAGAGUCGCUCUUCCUUUCCCGUUCGCGAGGACGCUGACCGGGGAGUGAUGAGCGACAGCAGCAGUGAGAGCUCACUGGCAGUCAGAGUGGCCAAACUACUGCAGAAUGAAUCGUCAGCCACCAUGACAUCGAGCACGCCCAGCGUCACAGAUCAGGAAGAGGGCAAGGCCAGAGAGUGGCUGAAGUCAAAGGUUUUGGGACAACAGCGUGACCUGCUGCUGUUGGACGCAGAAGACAGACAGCACAUUGAAGAAAUCAAGAAACAGCUCCUGAUGAGAAACCCUCUCAGAAGCCAAGGGACCACAGAUACAGAAAGCAGCAGUGUGGCCUCCAGUGUUUGGGUCCACAAAGAGACCAAUGUCCCUACAGCAGCCGAAACGUUUCCUACCCUCAGCAUUGCUAACAAGUUGCUAGCCGUCCACCCAGAUCCUCACAUGACGCUACAGAGCAACUUUCACCUCGAUCUAGAAGCCAGAGUUUGUGCAAUCGCUGCCAGGGAAGGAGUAAUACUCCCUACAAAAAGACCCCAGACCCUUCUAUCCAUCAACAUACCCACUCAAAGGAACCCUGUGACCUCCUCACCUUCCAAUUCAGCCCCCACUUCCACUUCUGCUCUGAGUCCAGCCUCAGACCCCCUCCACCUGGCAGAGCUUUCCGCUGGAACAUCAUCAUCCAGCAAGUGUCUUUCAACCAAUCUGGGUGAAUCCGAGACGAUUCCUUUAGUCCAGAUUACAAGAGAACCACCAUCUGUGCAUGAUGAAAGUACCAGAAAGAGUCGAGACAUGGUGGGAGGCCAGGGUGAGGAACUUCCCCCCACUGUCACGCAGGCUGUAGAUAAACAGGAUGUGGGGACAAACGUCCAGUCUAGUUCUUUUCUGGCCGUCGGGCAGGGAUUCAGGACAAGUCAUUUCACUCUACUGCCUAAAAAAAUUUUGGCCUCCGCUGCCCACUGUCCUUGUUCUGGUGCUGCCUCCGCCGCCCUGAGGGACUCCUCUUUGACCGCCUGCAGUCCAGACGAAGGUGUCAGGUCGUCGAGUCCGGCAGAAUGGUACGACGGCGGGAAGCCGGCGGCUGACAGGUCAGACGCUUCCACCAUUGAUCCUCAGGAAAAGGGCUUCACACCAUCGAGUCCUUAUCCUGCUGACACACCUGUGCCUGUGCUGCUGCCUUACAAACCUCGCGGCAGUGAGGAGCUCUUCUAUGUCCCUCAGAUGGAAGCGGAUGUUUCCUCCACCAACCGGUCCGACACCACCAUGGAGAGCUCUCACACAGGGUCAGACGACGCCGUGGCUCCCACCUUCAGCAGUGACGUCCUCGGGGAUCAGGACCCCAGGCUGGACCGCGGAGUCGCGUUCAGACACCAGGAGGGCAUCUACAGCAAGAGGCUGAGAACAGCUGGUGUCACAAUGGCAGACCGCGCACACACAGUAGAUGCUCCUGCAGCAGCAGACCGAGGGUCUCCAGCUCUGAUCCAGGGUGUGAAGCCGUUUUCCCAGGAAUCAUCCAACUUUACCAGAGCGCCUUCAGUCAACCUCAAACCCUGCAGUAGGGAUCAGGGUACCAGCCCGAUCCACUUCCCCCAGUACCAACCAACAGAGCUGGCUCAUGACAGGUUUCAUCCAGCACACGUAGAAACGGUGCAAACAGAGACCAGAGAGCGAGAACUUCCUCCGCCGGCACCCCGACAGGGCGCUAGCACCCUGGACCACCUGUGGCAGAAGUUCUGUGAUCAGCGGACCAAGGACGAGGCGCGCCCCACCGGCGAUAAAAACACUUCCCUGUUGGAGCGACUGGAGCGUCUGUCUCGCAUGAUUCAUCACAUGCAGGCUACUCCGGAAGCCGAGAGCCAGGAAGAGCGGAGUAGUUACUUUCCUGGAAGGACGCCGAGGAAAGAACGAAAGGAGAUUAAAUUGAGCAAACACGGCGGAGUGACGGAUAGGGGAUGGGAAGUGGGGGGAGGAGAGGCGGAGCAUCCAACCCAGCUGAACCCCCCGUCCUCCCCAGCAGACGGGUAUGAACCAGAUAGCCUGUCGACCACUUCCACCAUGGAUACGGCCCGACUCGUCAGGGCCUUCGGCGCCGACAGAGUCAGAAACGUGAACAGCCGCUCUCGACUCGGUAAACUGUACAGCACCAUCAACAAACAGAAGGGAGACUGGAGAGGAACGAAGGCCGACUCCUCUUUUACCCUCACACCAUCCGAGGAAUCGGUUGUUGCUGAUUCAGCACAAACAUCCAGCUCACACACGUUCUCACCACAGCGCAGACCUUCCAGGGUUCUGACAGCCAAGAGGCCUGUAAGAGGAGUCAACAAAAGCAUCCAGGCAGGUGAGCUGGAGAUUGUUCGUAACGGAACUCGGCGGAACACCAGAGAUGUUGGGACUACGUUCCCCUCUCCUGCAGAAACCAGGACUUACGGGCAGACCUCCUCUUCUUCGUCGGGGACGGUGGGAGGAAGAGGAGGAAGGUGGAGAGUUCUUCCUAAAUCAAACAGCAACCAGAGGCAGAAGAAGAGCAAGAGAAGCCCCUCCAAGCCUUACCCUAAAAGUGUUUCGUGGUUCAUCCCGGCUGACAACCUGAGGUCUGAGAUGAGGAAGGAGAACCGGCCGGACAAGUCGAACACGGCAUGGUUUGAGCCGUACAGCAGAACCCGUCCGUGGAGAGAGCUGCUCAGGCAGAGACAAGUCCGAGAUCUGAAUCCUAAAGUCAAAAUAUUGUCCUCUGGUCUGGCAUGGGUCUCCCUGCAAGAGGCUCUGGAGAUGCGGCGGCCGGAUUUCAUCUCUCAGUCCAAGCAGAGGGUGAGAUGUCUGGCUCUGCAGGCCGAGGAGAGGAGGGUCCAGUCUGCGUUCAGUCGAGAGAGAAACCUGCUGUUCGACGAGCUAGAAGAACCUCAGAGGCUGCCCAAAACCGCAGGCACGACACUGUUGAGGAGAGCAGUACCCAGGAAAGAGAUGAUCCAGAGGUCCAAACAAAUUUAUGAGAAUCUUCCUGAGGUGCGGCGCAGGAAAGAGGAGGAAAGGCGGAAGGCCGAGUAUCAGUCGUACAGGCUGAACGCCAAGCUGUACAACAAGAGAGUGAGGAACCGAGUCCUGGGCAGGAGAACAGCCUGGCAGUGAUUAAACGGAACAGCUCCAAAAUGUUAUUUAUUUCUUAAGUCAUAUGAAAUUCCUUUGAGACAUUCAAUACAGAACAAAGCAGACAUAUUUUUUACCAGGAAAAAAAAAAGGUGCUCCAGAUAAUAUCUGCCUAUUUUUUUAAAUAAUGUGAAACAGAAACUUGGGUAUUGUUUUUGGGAUUUUUCUUGUUAAAAUUAAAAUGAUUUUACAUUUUUUUUCAAAGAAAUAUAAACAAAGUUUUUUGUCCUGUGAAUAUGAAGACAAUGGAGGCCGACGUUGGCUUUGAAGGAUUUAUUGAUCAGUUAUCGGUUGUGCAGCAGCAGGAAACCACACAAGGGACUAAGAGACGAGCUGGACAAGCUGCAGAUUCACUACGCCACACAGCAUCGCAACAUACGUUCAUACAAAUGCACUACGACCAUUAAACCAAUUCAUAAACGUUCAAGUUAAUAAUGACAGCCGUGUGUAAACAGAAACAGGCAGAAAAUAAAUGAGGAAAAAUGUCAGUGAAGGGUUCAGACGUGGUGGUAAAAAAGAAACGUUCUUUGGCAGACAUUAUUGUAGGUUUUCUUCAAGAAGGUUCAAUUAAAUAAAAAAUAAAAAAAACUAAGGCAGGCGACUGAUGGCUGCAGGUUAAGGCUCGGACAAAGUUCCAGUCUUUAGAACGUGAACUGG